GGAAAUACCACAGACGGAUUGAUUAUAAGGACAAGAAAAACAGUGCAGGAGGACAGGGACAUCUGGGAGAUACACGAAACAUCUGGACCGAGGAAAUAAUCUGUCUCAGGGGUGCAGACACUCAGAAACAGGUUGAAUGACUAUGGCGCUGCCGGCUGCCUUUCUGUCUGAAGACCAGUUCUCCUGCUCGAUCUGCCUGGAUGUGUUCAACAACCCGGUCUCGACCCCAUGCGGCCACAGCUUCUGCCAGUCCUGUAUCUCCUCCUACUGGGAUGGAAAAGGAGGCGGCGCCAAGUCGUACCAGUGCCCCCUCUGCAAGGAGUCCUUCCGCAAGCGACCCGAGCUCCACAUCAACCGAACCCUGAAGGAAAUCACCGAGCAGUUCAAGCAGGCGUCCAACAGCAGCGUGGUAACGGAUGGAAGUCUCUUCAACUCACACCAACAUCCUCCUCCUCCUCCUCCUCCUCCUCAUCACCACCCCCCAGCUCCGUCUGCCCACGGGAGACAGGGCGAGAUGCCAGGGAGCAUCUUUGCUGAGAUGAUGACACGUUUCCAGCAGUUGCCAGCGUCCGGUGUAGCCCAGGAGUAUCCUAGCAACACUCACCCCCAGAGCCCCCGUCGAGUCGGUCCUCAGAAACAAGAGCACCAAGACCUGCCUCCGCCCUACUCGCCCCCACGCAGCAGGUUCACUCUGAGUGUCCCCAGUGACUCGUCCACUUCCGAUCUGCCUCCGUGUCCCAUCCACCUGAGAGGUCUGGAGUACUACUGUCGCACCGACAACACCUGUGUCUGCAGCGCCUGUGUGGAGACGGCAGCGCAUCGAGGACACAACAUCAUCCCAGCCAAGAGAGAGUGGCUCAUCAAGAAGUCCCAGUUGGGUAUCACAGAGGUGGAGCUGAAGGAUCUCAUCAGUGAGAGGCAGAGAAAAAUGGAGGAGAUACGCAACUCCAUACGGGAGAUAAAGGCUGCAGCCGAGAGAGAAACUGACGGAGUCGUCUGUGCCUUUUCCAAGCUGAUCUCCAGCAUAGAGCGCUGUCAAGCCCAAGUCUUGGAGGAGAUUGAGGUGAAACUUCGGGAGGCGGAGCACACGGCUCAGGGCGUGAUGAAGGAGCUGGAGGACGAGAUAACCAACCUGGAUAAGAUGAGCGCAACGCUGAGCCAGCUGGCUCGGUCUGAAGACUACAUUUUCUUUCUGGAGACGUACCCGGCCUUGUCCACGCUUCCAGAGACCAAGGACUGGUCGAGUGUCUCGGUGUCGUCUCACCUGACCUCGGGGGGCAUCUUCAGGGCUGUGGAUCAGAUGGUGGAACGUUUUCAGGAGGAGAUGAGAAAACUGCCAGACGACUUUUCGGACCCAAUAUUGACCCCUGGGGGACGCCACAAGCCAUGUCCAAGCACGAGGAGGCAUAGUCUCCCAUCAGGUGUUUCACAAGACCACCGAUCUUCACCAAACCAGUUCUCUGACCAAACCGUAGCCAGACCCAACCCAAAGGUAAGGAGGGUUCAGGAAUACGCAGCCGACAUCACUUUGGACCCCAACACCGCCCACCCACGCCUCAUCAUCUCAGUGGACGGGAAGCAGGUGCAGUGUGGAGAACGUCAUCACGUGGUACCGGACAACCCCGAGCGCUUUGACCGGGUGGUGUGUGUGUUGGCCCGCGAGGGCUUCAGCUCAGGACGCCACUACUGGGAGGUGGAGGUGGGAGGAAAGACCGACUGGGACCUGGGGGUGGUCAGCCGGUCCGUCAACCGGAAGGGCAAAAUCACGGUGAGCCCCGCCCACGGCUACUGGUUCCUCAGCCUGCGGGAUCGGACCUCCUACGCCUUCCGGACAGAACCCUCGACCGGCCUGACGGUCGACCCCAGGCCCUCCCGCGUCGGUAUCUACGUGGACUGCGACAAGGGGCUGUUGUCCUUCUACAACGUGGAGGCCCGAGUGCUCAUCUACACUUUCACGGAUAAUUUUUCGGACACCAUUCAUCCGUUCUUCAGCCCGUGCACGAAUAGAUCGGGAAGGAACGAGGCGCCGCUGGUCAUCUGUCCCGUCGCAGCCACGGAGUGAAACAAGGCACAAACCUGUUCCCGUCCUCUUCAGCCACCCGUGAUACUCUCGGACUGGAUUUAGGCAAAUCUUCUGUUUCAGUAUUUGGUUCUAAAAUUUUAAAAUAACGUUUUGAAAAUAACUACAACUGGACUUUUUUGGAGUUUUUUUGAGAAGACGUUUCAUCUGAGUACCUGGAGGGAAGUGGAGGUUUAAACUGGUGCAACUAUAAAUAUAAUAAUAAUCUGAUGUUUCCUGCAUCUCAGGUUGAAAUGAAGGUGGUGGUUCCUAUGGUUUCCUCAAGGUCCAUCUCAUUGUCCUUCACUAAUUGAAGGUCCCAAAAUCUCAAACUCAACCUCUCUCCAGUCCCUUAGAACGAAGGAAGCUACUCGGAUGAAAAGUCUUCUCAAAACCUCUACAACUCUACUAGUUGUCUUUGUUGAAACGUCUUUAAACGGAUAUAAACCACGACCUGGACGACUGAGAACCUUCACAGACACUUGGUUCUAGAGUAAUUAGAAACAGAAGGACGAUAACAGGACGAUAUCGGAGUGAGACGACGGAUAAAGACUAAAACCAGUUCCAGGCUAGCAGGUCGGGAUUUGUAUUGCUCAGUUCUUUACUUUCACAUCUGGACCAGUUUUAGUUCUGAACGUGGAUUUAAGCAGAAGACUGAGCUGUUUUAAUGUCGAUGUAUUGUUAGAAUAAAUAUGAAUAAUGAGUAACGUAUCUUCUCCUACGUGGCCUCAGAUACGCUGCAAAAGCAGCAUUACUAGAAAAGAGCAAAAUAUUCUUAUAUCCAUCUGCCAAUGGGUUAAGACUGUUUUUGCUUGACAAAAUUUUUUAAAAUAAGCACAAAGUUAUUUAAAUGAGCACAAAGUACUUGUCUCUGAACAAAAUAUAAGAUUCUUUGAUACAAAGAUUUUUUGCUUUCUUGAAAAGUCCCUUUUUGCAGUGCAGACGCCUCUAAAGAAGCUCUUCAUGGGUCCCAAGGAAAUCAGGAGGUGUUCCCUUCUUCUUCUUUUAUCUUUUUUUUUCUACAUCUCAGUGGUUAAGAAUGAUCAGAAAGUGCACGUGGAGCUGUGCAUAUAGUGCCGUUAAAAUGUUUUGUGACGUGACCCAGUUUCUGAUCUUUGUUGGUUGAUGAACUCCUGUGGAGGUACCAUUCGUCUAAAAUCACCUCUAACUUAACAACUUGUACCUCACAGAUACGUAAAAUAGGCUCAUUGUUCUGCAUAAACAAAUACACAAGUAUGAUAUUUCUGUUUCAGGUUUUUCGAUGUCAAUGUGGUGAAAACUAACUAACAAAGAAGAAAGAAAUAUUUAGAUUCAGCUGUUACCUGAUUCCUUUCUGGCUUCUGUUUUAACUUUUCUCCCCCCUCAGUCACUCCAUCACAACAAAAGCAGCACCAAAGGUUUUGUCGUAUUUGUUUAUUACCAGGUGACGCCACGCAGGCUUCAAGAGUUGCAGAGCAAAACAGAGCAUGGGAAUAAAGAUUAAACUGUGGUUUGACCUCAUGGAUCACAGGGUAGCAGGGAACCCAUGAGUGUCCAUCACUCUAACAAAUACACACAAUCUGUGAAAUGAUCUGUACAAUAAAUAUUAAUACCUGCUUCUCCUUUAA